UCUCUGACAAUAUUAACCAAUCAUAAUGAGCUGUCGUGUCCAAGCGGGACUACGGCAAGCGACUUAGCCCUUAAAAGUUGUGACUAAUCGUCACAGCUGCCAACUAUUCCAACAACAUAACUGUCCGCGGAGCCAGGCGGAGAUACAGAUUAUUUUCAUGAUGAGGACUGGCAGGUCCAGGUUGCGGUGUGGGGCUCAGGUCCUGGUCCUGUCCUGCUGUGUGCUGUGUGUUCUGUCUCAGGUGGAUCAGCAGCCUCCUGUUGUAGAGAGUGCAGCUCAGAUAUCAGGCCACGCUCACGGCCGCCUGGAUAAAAACAUGGUCCAGGACAAAGACCACAUCAUGGAGCACCUGGAGGGAGUGAUAGACAAACCAGAGAAAGACAUGACACCCCAGGAGCUGCAGCUGCACUAUUUCAAGAUGCACGAUUACGAUGGAAACAACCUCCUGGACGGGCUGGAGCUCGCUACAGCCAUCACACACGUACACAGAGAGGAGAGAGGAGAGAACAGCCAGCCGAUGAAGGAGGAGGACCUCAUUACUCUCAUCGAUGAUGUUCUGAGGGACGAUGACAAAAACAAUGACGGGUAUAUAGAUUAUGCAGAGUUUGCCAAAUCACUGGAGUAAGACUGUCGCCACGUUUCUUCACGUCCACAACGAGAGACAGAGGAGACGUCACACUGAGACGCUGCUUCACAGUCAGAGAUCAUCAUUCAGUCAUUCUGUCUGUCACAGGCGAUCGACCACACACUGGUCAGUUCCUCUCUCAGCCUGUGACAGAAAAAGAAAAGCCAGUCAUUUAAAAAACAAACACAAGACCUGUUCACUCACAAACAUUCCUGCAUCUCCUCGUCUCCUCGUCUCCUCGUCUCCUCGUCUCCUCGUCUGAAGGAGCAGUUCAAACGUCACUACAUCUUUUUACAGUCGCUGUGGUUCAGAUCAAUACAGCUCAACAUUUUCUUUUUGUAGCAGUGAGGAGUGUUCAGAGCCCUUUAAACACACAGGAGCGCUGCAGUGUGUGUGUGUGUGCACUAACACACACUCCUACCUCCUCCUGUCGGUCAGAAGUGGCCUCGCUCAGCUGUUCCCAGGGCUUAUUGAUCAGUGUGAUCGAUCAGUGUGAGUCCUGAUGUGGAAGGAGACUCUGAUUCUGCACAAAGUUUCUGUGGUUUUUCUGUUUCAGCUCAGUCUGGACGACGUCAUGACGGCGUCUCCUCGUGUUCUUCAGGUCCUGCGAGUGUUUUUCAGAUUUCUUACCUGGGACUCAGAGGUGACGUCACUCUCUGUUCUGACCUCUGACCUCUGAUGUAAACAACAUUUUCUCAGACUGAGCUGAGUUUUCAUUUUCAACAAACUUAUUAACUCCAGACGUUCUGCAGAAUCAGUCAGAGUCUCCUCCUCAGGACACACACUGAUCAGACUGAUCAGACUGAUCAGACUGAUCAAUCAGUCUGAUCAGUCUGAUCAGCGUACAGAGUAGCAGCCUCUCUGACCUGAUGAGUUUUCCUGGACGUCCUCGUCCUGAAGUGAAUGUAAAGCUGAUUCUUCUUCACUGGAUAAACUGGACUCUGAAAGCACAGCACUGGUCGAUGUUUGUUCUAAAGCGACUCCUCUGCUUCACACAUCAGCUGCCUUUAAAACACAGACACGUCUGAGUGUUUGUUUGUUUGUAUGGAUGAAUCCUCUCUUUACCGUCCAGUGUUGAUUCUUCAGAACUGAAAGCUGAAGAUGAAACUGUCUGUGUGAGAUAUUAAACCUGAUCAUCUACA